CGUAAUUCGCGCGGCAUGAAAAGUGGAAGGGAUCGCUAUUCGAUCGGCGGCGCGGAGGAUACGUCAUCGUCGUCGCCAGUCGUUGCAACGUUCAGGUCGCGAAAGGGAAGUGCGGCAGAGCGUGGUGACGAUCCGCAUCAACCGAACCAGCUGCAGAACAACGCCGUAGUCGUCAUGGGCAAGCAAAACGGCGAGGAUUUGGAUCAGGACGCGCAGGAGCGGAUGCUGAAGGAGGACAGCACCGCGAAGAUCUCGAUCGAGAAAGAUGACAAGAACGAGAAGGCCCCCGAGGUGAGGAUCUCUUCGUCUCGGCUUCUCCGUCCGUCGAUUCCGGACUCCUGGGCCGACGAGACCGGCCACGUGCGCGCGCGAACGGACGAGCCCCGCGAUUUCUACCUCCUUUCGAACGCGUCGGACGACCCUCGGUCUACCGCGGACUCGUCCGCGAGGUUUCUUAACCUCAAACCGCGGCGCGGACGUCGCGCGGGGGCUUAUCUUAUCUCUUUGUUAGCUCUUUAUCUAGCGACAGACACGCCUAUCUCGCCACUGUCACGAGCGAUCGAUCGCCCUCGGACAACGACCGCGGUUUCUCGCGGAGCAUCGAACCGGAUUAUUUUAACGCCAUUUUUUUUAAAUCCGAAUUUUAAAGCGAGGCAUCGUAUCGCGUCACGACGCUCUGCGAACGUUGGGGGAAGAUGGGUCGAUUUCAAAGACAUCAAGCCGUAUUUAGGCAACGUCAGCGAUUUGGAAAAUUUCAUUAAGGUAGCGAAGGAGAAGGACCAACAAAUCUUUUUGGACCUGGAUCCCAACCAUUCCUCCGUGGAGCAUCCGUGGUUUAAACAGUCUGUAGCGAUGGUGGAACCAUACACGUCCUAUUACGUCUGGCGAGAUGGAAAAUUCAGCACUGAAGGCGGAAGAAAAGAGCGAAGUCCUCCGAAUAAUUGGUUGAGCGUGUACGGCGGAUCCGCGUGGGAAUGGAACGAACAAAGGCGCCAAUAUUAUCUGCAUCAGUUUAACAAGUCGCAGCCUGAUCUGAACUACAACAACUCGGCAGUGGUGGCAGAAUUCGGAGACGUCUUGACUUACUGGCUGAAAUUGGGCAUUAGCGGUUUCCGCUUGGCCAACACUCAGUAUCUAACGGAGGAUCCGAACUUUCGUGAUGAGAAGGGUAGCCUUCAUGCCAUAGAUUCGAGCAAAUAUCAGUCGCUCUCGCACGUUUACACGCGCGAUCGUACGGAGAACGCCGCGAUAUUGUCAACAUGGCAGGAAAUAGUUCGCAACGAGACCGCUGGCAAAGGAUUGUUCUCGCUGCAAGAUGACAUUGGCGUGGACAUCUUGCAAGUUUACAAUGAUAAGAUGAUAAUUGACCUGCCGCAGAGCUCGCAUUUCCUCACUACUGCCAACGCGAGCAUAAACGCGACGGACUUGCGUAAAAGCAUAACGCAGUGGCUUGGCGUUACGCCGUGGCCUGCGUGGAAUGUAAAUGGGAAACAGCGUUCCCUGAGGCAACGUAUGCCUAAAGACGUCGCAGAUAGUAUUGUGUUAAUGACUAUGUUACUACCCGGUACGCCGAUUCUACGACUAGACGACGUCAUGUCUGCGAAGGACGCGUUUGCAAUUUUGUCUAGUGCCCGGAGUGGCCUAACGUUCCUUCACGGGAACACGACGCUCAGAAUUGUAAACGGGACUGUCUUCGUGUACGCGAGGAGUUGGCUAAAAAGCGGAAAUCCAGGAUAUCUCGUGGCGUAUCAGACCGCAAACGAGCCGGCCGUUAUAAAUCUGUCCGGCAUACCGCGGAUAUCAGAGGAGAUCAAUGUAGUCGCGCAUAGUCCCAACUAUGUCCAGAAUACGGAAGUAAUAAAGACGAAAUUGCCGUCGGCUGCUGUGCCCAUAUCACCGAAGAGCACACUGAUCCUAACAUUUGUACCGAAAGAAUCAUAACCGGUCCGAAAGAGUACAGGAGCGAUCGGCUAUACACGAUUGCGCUUUUUGCUUCAAUAUAUGAAACUGAAGGAAAUCAAGCUUUGCGUCAAAAACAUAAAAAUUGAAUUGCAUUGAAGUUCAAAGUAACGGCAAUAUACACUCUGUCAAAUAAAUACCGGGAAUCGUUCAACAAAA